CACUCUGCCAUUCGUCUAGCACAUUCAGCACUUGUAACACAGUGUACACACUCUGUACGCCGUCAGCAUCGAACAGCAGCUCCUUGAAGACGCAGCACCCACUACAGCAACAUGCGUGAGAUUGUCCACCUGCAAGCUGGCCAAUGUGGUAACCAGAUUGGAGCAAAGUUUUGGGAGGUGAUCAGUGAUGAGCAUGGCAUCGACCCAACUGGAUCCUACCAAGGAGAUGAUGCCCUUCAACUGGAUAGAAUCAAUGUGUAUUACAAUGAGGCUUCAGGAGGAAAGUAUGUCCCAAGGGCAAUCUUGGUGGAUUUGGAGCCAGGCACCAUGGACUCUGUCCGGUCUGGCCCAUUUGGCAGGAUCUUUAGACCUGACAACUUUGUCUUUGGUCAGAGUGGAGCUGGCAAUAACUGGGCCAAGGGUCACUACACAGAGGGAGCUGAGUUAGUGGACUCAGUUCUGGAUGUGGUGAGGAAGGAGGCCGAGGGCUGUGACUGCCUCCAGGGGUUCCAGCUUACACAUUCUCUGGGUGGUGGCACCGGUUCCGGGAUGGGAACACUGUUAAUCAGCAAAAUCCGUGAGGAGUACCCCGAUCGUAUCAUGAACACCUUUAGUGUGGUGCCCUCUCCGAAGGUGUCCGACACAGUGGUGGAGCCUUACAAUGCAACCCUGUCCGUCCACCAGCUUGUGGAGAACACGGACGAGACCUACUGCAUUGAUAACGAAGCAUUAUACGACAUCUGCUUCCGUACUCUGAAGCUGACAACACCCACCUACGGAGACCUCAACCACCUGGUUUCCGCCACCAUGAGCGGUGUGACGACCUGCUUGCGUUUUCCCGGGCAGCUGAAUGCAGACCUCCGCAAAUUAGCUGUCAACAUGGUCCCCUUCCCUCGUUUGCACUUCUUCAUGCCGGGCUUUGCCCCACUCACCAGCAGGGGGAGCACACAGUAUAGAGCACUUACUGUGCCUGAGCUCACUCUGCAGAUGUUUGAUGCUAAAAAUAUGAUGGCUGCCUGUGACCCCCGCCACGGACGCUACCUGACCGUGGCGGCCAUAUUCCGUGGUCACAUGUCCAUGAAAGAGGUUGAUGAGCAGAUGCUGAACGUCCAAAACAAGAACAGCAGCUACUUCGUCGAGUGGAUCCCCAACAAUGUCAAAACAGCUGUGUGCGAUAUCGCGCCGCGUGGCCUCAAGAUGGCAGCCACCUUUAUUGGCAACAGCACUGCCAUUCAGGAGCUGUUCAAGCGCAUAUCUGAGCAGUUCACUGCUAUGUUCCGCCGCAAGGCUUUCCUCCACUGGUACACUGGCGAGGGCAUGGAUGAGAUGGAGUUCACUGAAGCGGAGAGUAAUAUGAACGACUUGGUAUCAGAAUACCAGCAGUACCAGGAUGCCACCGUUGGUGAGGGAGAUUUUGAAGACGGGGAGGACGACGACGAAGAAGAAGACAUGGCCUAACACCUACUGUAUCUCUCUGAGGCAAUUCACUGCCUCCGUGCACUUAUUUUAGCCUCGGCGCAGGUCUGCAAUAAAUGCACAAUCAUUCUAGUCUCCCUUCCAACUUACUGACUUCAGACCUUUGCCAUCUUCUACAAGUCAAUUCUGGGUUUACUGAAUACGGUUCCUCAAUUCCCCCAGUGGCUACAUAGAGAUCUGUUGUCAGCUAUUUUUUCCUUUUUUAUCAGAUUUGGGCCAGAUUCAGUACGUUGUAUUUGAAUUCAGAUGCGUGAUUUGCAAUUAAUUUCAAUAAACGUAUUGGAAAAUA